AUGGAAUCCUUUACAGAAUUGAAAAUUUUUAGAAAAGGAAUGCUAUAUGGUAGAAUACCUGGACUUAAAAUUAAAAAAGCUAAACCAAUAACAUAUGAUGAUUAUGUUAUGCUUGAAAGUAAUGUUAAGACAUAUCGUAUGAAUGAAUUAAUGCAAUUAGGAAGAAAUUUAAAAUAUAAUAAACCUAUUGAAUUAGAAGCGAAUAUGUAUCGAAUUGGAAAAUUUAUUGGUAUCAUUUCAAAUCUUGAUAAAUUAAUUGAAAAUUACGUUGAUAUGAAUACUUUGAAAAUUAAAGAUGAUAUGAAAGUAAGAUUCGAUAAAUUAUGUUCAAUUCAUAGAGUGAAUUAUUUUCCUUGUGAAUUUCGUCUUAGGAUUGAUCCUGAAGUUGGAAAAACUAAAAAAGAAAUCGAAAAUAUUUAUUAUAAAAGUGUACUUAAGAAAUUGUAUGGUACAGGUGAUAGUACAAGUAAUGAGUAA